AUGCCUAUUAUACCUGAGGACGUAUCAUUAUUUAAAAGGGAUACAAAAGAUAACGUAGUUAACUAUUUAACUCCAACGAAAGAUGAAAAGAUAACUUUAAUAAUUAUCGGUGUUUAUAUAUUUGUAAUUUUAAUUCUUUGGAGGAUGCCUUUUUUAAAACAUAUUUUAUAUCCAUUUAAGUUAUUGACAGUUUCAUUUCAUGAGUUAUCACAUGCAGCAGCAGGUAAAUGUACUGGGGCUAAAAUUGAAGGAAUAGAAGUUGACCCAGAUGAAGGAGGAGUUACAAGAAUGAGAGGUGGAAUUCAAUGUUGCACUUUACCAGCUG